UGCGGUCAGUCAGCCGGGAAAACCUACAACACGCGCAGGUUUAUCACUUGAAAAGUGGUAGAUACAGAUAGAUAUUACUGUUUGAAACUAAAUAGUAUUUUUAUUUAACCGGCUUGCUUAAUUUUUCUAAUCACAUUUGUUGGGAACUUUGUUUCCACUGUGAUAUGUUUUUGUCUGGCAGUGUUUUUAAAGAAAUACAUUUCUUUGGACAUUAGUGAUAUUCAUUCCUGUGUGAGGAGAACAAACUGAUCCUGAAACAGAUUCAGAUUCUGUGUGUAACGUCAGUUUCCUGCUGCAGACAUGGAAGAAGAGACUCCACUGCUGAGCAAAAGACCAACUUCUACUGAAUCAAAGAUCAGUAACUCCAAACUGUUCCUGGCUGUCUUCUCUGCCGUCCUGGGGAACUUCAGCUUCGGUUACUCUCUGGUCUACACUUCCCCGGUGCUGCCGAAGCUGCAGAGCCCCGAUGUGGACCCUCGGCUCAGGAUGGGCACGGAGCAGGCCGCCUGGUUCGGCUCCAUCUACGCGCUGGGUGCAGCAGCCGGCGGCCUCGGGGCCAUGCUGCUCAACGACAUGAUCGGACGCAAGCUGAGCAUCAUGAUGUCAGCAGUGCCGUCGACCUUUGGAUACAUGCUGAUGGGAGGGGCUGUCGACGUACAGAUGCUUCUUGUGGGCCGUUUCUUCACAGGCGUUGCCGCGGGGAUGAGCUCAGCAUCCAUUCCUGUUUACAUCUCAGAGAUCUCCCACAAAGCAGUGAGAGGAGCUCUGGGCUCCUGCCCUCAGAUCACUGCUGUGUUUGGGGCGCUGGCUCUCUACACCAUGGGUCUGGUGGUGCCGUGGCGGUGGCUGGCUGUGGCGGGGGAGGUGCCGGCUGUGCUGAUGGUUGUGCUGCUGGUGUUCAUGCCCAGCUCCCCUAGGAGGCUUCUCGCUCUGGGCCGGAAGCAGCAGGCUGAGAAGGCCCUCCGCUGGCUGAGGGGGAAACACUACGACAUAAACGUGGAGCUCAGUGCCAUACAGCACAGCAUCAACACUCAGGAUAAAGUCACAUGGUCGCAGCUGGCCACACCCAUCUACUACAAACCAAUCCUCAUCUCAAUGGUGAUGCGUAUUCUGCAGCAGAUGACGGGCAUCACGCCCAUCCUGAUCUACAUGGAGACCAUCUUCUCCCAGAGCAACGUCUCCCUGCCGCCCGGGUAUGACGCUGCCAUUGUGGGCGUGGUCCGCCUCUUAUCCGUUGCUGUGGCAGCCAGUUUAAUGGACAAAGUGGGACGCAAAGCCCUGCUGUACACGUCCAGUCUGCUGAUGUUCCUGUCCACUCUGACUCUGACCAUGAUCUCCCACACCACAGCUUGCCCUCCAGGCCCCGCCCCUCCUAAUCUCACCAUGAGUUUGGACUACAGUUCCCAUAAUGCCACUGGAAACGCUUUCAAUGCCGGCCCCCAAAAUGCAGCAGGCCUCAUCCCUCUCAUCAGCACCAUAGUGUAUAUAUUUGGAUACGCCAUGGGAUGGGGCCCAAUCACAUGGCUGCUGAUGUCAGAGGUGUUGCCGCUGGUUGCCAGGGGCGUGGCCUCAGGCCUGUGUGUGACUGUCAGCUGGCUGACCGCCUUCACGCUAACGCACACCUUCACUCACUUAGUGGACAGCUACGGCCUGUACGUGCCCUACCUGUGUUUCUCGGUGGUGUGUGUGCUCUGUCUGCUGUUCAACGCGGUGUGCAUCCCGGAGACUCGCGGCCGCUCACUGGAAGAGAUAGAGAACUAUUUCAGGACGGGGCGAACGUUCACCAUCACCAGGAGUCAGUCCAUCCUACAGUCAAACUGAAGCCUAAAGAUCUCUUUGAUCAAAAAGGAUUUAUUCCCACGAAAUACCUCUGAAACAAGUCUACUGCACAGUGUUUUUUUUUAUUUUUUAUUAAUAUGUAAUAAUCACUAAUAUGGUCUAAGGAGAGAGGGUUUAUGUUGUAGAGCCUUCUAAGAAAAGGACUACUAGAAUACUGACUUACUCACGGAAGGACCACUGAUUGUAAAAAGCAAUUAACAUUAGGUCAAGAAGUAGGUAAUGAUCAUAUCACAUUAAUAAAGCAGCAAACAACUAUUUGUAUAUAAAGAUAUAAUGGAGUUAAGUCAACCUGAGUAGAGAAGGAUACAAUACUAACACACUGUGUACCAACAGGAGAAUAUUGUCCUGUACUAUAAACUAUCACACAGUCUCUCUUUGUGUCAGGUUGCUUAUUGGAUUAAUUCCCUUUAAAACAUCUGCUAGAAAAUACACAAUACAUACAAUAUAUAAAGCAAAUAAACAAUACAUUAACUUUAAAUGUGUAUUAAUUAUAUGAGCAAGCAGAUAGCUGUCUAGGAAAAAAAAAACUGGUUCAUCAUGUUCUUUGUGCCUAAAAAAAAAAGAACAGGACAGGAAGUGAUGUUCCCGGGACACACUGGUGGCGGAGCAGGCCAGGUCACAUGCCAGGUCACAUGCCACAGCGUUCUCUCAUUGAGGCAGGUUGGAGUCUGACUCACAGCCUCCUCAUCCUCCUGGAUCUCUGCUAACAGCACUCGUCUUCAUGUCCCUAAAUCACAGCAGUUACAUUUCUGUCACAGCAUCGAAUUAGACACAGUAAUAUACAAAUACAAGUGCAUAAUAUACCAAUUUAAAGAAGUGAGUGUGAACAAUGAUGCAAUACUUUUUGUACCAAAAAUACCAAAAGAGUUUAUAAAUCAGUAUGUGAUCCUGUAGGUAUGUCUGUAUGGUUAAAGUAGUGGUUAGUAGUAGUAAAAUAGUAGUAUAGUAGUAUAGUAUUUAAAGUGAAGUAGUAUAUAAUAGUAGUAUAAAAGGUAUAAAGUAUAAAAGUAUAAAAAAAUCUAAACAGAAAAAUAAGUAUCUUUAUUUACUAUUCAAUAAUGUAUAGUGAAAAAUGUACACUACAGUAGAAAUAUAAUAAAAAGUUAGAAGUACUGAUGGAAAAUAUAAAUAAACACCAUCAGAAUUGUACAACUCUUUAACACAGUCUGAAGAAACUUCAAGUAAGACUGUGUACUAUCACAUAAUUAUUAGAUACCUCCGUCCAGGUUCUCGAAAGUACUAUCUACUAACAGAGGGUAGACAAAAUAACAGGAACACCUGUUCCCAUAAUACUACUUCUAUGUAGUCUGUACACUGUUUGAUUGACACGGUGAGUUUUAUCAAAGAAAGGAGGAAACAACACAGGUUUCUGUGUGUGUGUGUGUGUGUGUGUGUGUGUGUGUGUGUGUGUGUGUGUGUGUGUGUGUGUGUGUGUAACUAUGAUCUCUUCAGCCACACCUUAAUAGAACAGUGUGUUCACUUUUGAAAGGCAACAGAAAAGCUUCAGUACAGCAUCAGUGGAGGAAUGUUUAGUUUGUAAAACCACUGUUCUCUUACACAGUGGGCUACAUACAAUUGAAUAAAGCCUGUUUAAUGUAUUAAAUAGAGCAGAAAAGUUUUUUUUCAGUGUGAAACAAUAGUUAAAGGGAU